UUAUAAAAUAUAAUAAAGAUGUUUGCGAAUAGGGUUUCAAGACAACUAUUUUACCAAAACAAGAGGUUAUUCUCAGUCACUCAGAAGUUGGCCAAGGCUGAGCUCACUGUGCGUACCCCUUAUAGAACAAUUUUUGAAAACUUUGCUGAAUAUACAAGGAUUUAUGUCUGGACUAUUGAUGGACUUUUGGCCAUUGGAAAUAGAUCUAACCCUAGAGUCUACCUUCUCCCUCCCGGUGAGAUGGAAGUCACUGGUAUGGAUAAGGGAGAAGGUAAUAAUUUUACUGGAAAUGAUGGUAAACUUAUCCAUUCAGGCGGAUGGCUCUUUGUCCAUGAAAAUAACUCAAUUGAAGUCAAUUUCGUAGACGCAAGUGAGAAGGAAGACUUUGAUUUCGAUAAACUCACACUUCCAGAUGGCCUUGAGUCUGACUCUGCUGCUGGUAAGGUCGCUGCCCAGUUACAAGAGAAAACUUUCAAGAGAAUUAUGAGAGUGAGAUAAUUGCGUGAUAAUAAUAUUA